UCAAGUUUGAAGCAUUAGUUUUUGUGGUUUUUGGUUUUUGUGUAUUAAUAAUUUUAUAAAUCCAAUAACAUUAAUGCUUGCAAACUAUCUAUCUAAUUAAUAACCAUGGAUCCAGGUAAUCCAUUCCUCGUGAACAACUCUAAUCUUCUUAGCAUACCAAUAGAUAAGAACCCAUUUACAAUAGGAAGGGGUCUUAAUUGCAACUACGUGAUUGCCAAUACAAUCGUAUCUCGGGAACAUUGCUGCUUUGAAAAGACUGAAAAUGGUUGGUGUCUGAGAGACAAGAGUACCAAUGGCACAUAUGUUAAUCAAAAUUUAAUACGUGGCACCUUAAGUGAUCCAUUAAAAUCAGCUGAUGUGAUACAAAUAAGUGAGCACCAUAGGUUCACAUUUCGAAAUUGUUCCAACGAUUAUAUUAGUGAUGAACAAUUGUGUAGGAUAGCUGAUACAGUGUUAGGAACUAUCGAAGUAGAUUCUAAUACUUCCCUAUCAGUUCCACCUCGUGAACCUCUUACUGGUACGUUACAACUUGAUGUGUAUCCAGAUUGUUCUGUAUCCCAUCCUAUUAGAGACCCGGUUAGCGAUUGUUUUCAACCUUCAAAACGAUUAAAAACUAUCAAUUUAAAGCCGUCCACUUCCGUUAGUAGUGUCAGUACAGCCACAACCAGUACUUUCGUAGAUUUAACAGAUGAGAACUUUACGAUUGAAGUCGGAAAUAUCUGUGUUCCAUCAACUAGUACCAAUGAUAGGGGAGUACAGCCAGCGACCUUUAUAGAAUUGGACGAUAGUAUCGAGAUAACAUCCACAACAGCCCCUUCUACCGCCGCUGAGAUGUUGGCGGAAACAAUUUUUGCAAUACCAUUUGCUCAUUCAGAUCAAUCUUCGAUAGAAAUUAAUAGUCAAACGCCGUGUACGAGUGAUACAAAUAUGGGGCAGAUAGAGUCCCACAGACCGGAGGGCGAUAAUAUGGAGCAGGUAGAGUCCCACAGACCGGAGGGCGAUAAUAUGGAGCAGGUAGAGUCCCACAGACCGGAGGGCGAUAAUAAAAUGAUGUCCGAAUCUCAGAUGGAGAACGAGCUGCAGUGCGCCAUUUGCGCCGAAAUGUUCGUCAAAGCCUCGACGCUGAAUUGUUCCCACACGUUUUGUAAAUUUUGUAUAGACAAAUGGAAAGAAAAACAGACGAUUUGUCCAAUCUGCAGAACCAAAAUCACCUCGCAAGUACCGACGCUAGUCUUAGACAAUUUUAUAGAGAAGAUAGUACAAGGUUCUGGACAAGAUAUACAGAACCAUAGAAAAGAAUUAUUAGACGAAAGGAUGAAGCAGCAGCAACAACAACAGCAACCACAACAGCAACCACAACAACUUUUUCCGAGACGACCAAUGAGAGGCAGGCGAGUUCAGGUAGCAAUAGAGGCCGUGCCGGACGAUCAGGAUACGGAUGAGUCUUCUUCUAGCAGCGACACAACGUCCACGAUGUCCGACAGUGGACAAGAGGACACCGAAUGGGAGGACAACUACUGGAACGACGAUUGGUAUAACAACGCUUAUUACGGCGGAUAUGGACGGUGUUUUACUUGUGGUAGAAGAGGCCACUGGGCAAAUGGCUGUCCUUUCAGAUAAUUCCGCUUCCAGAAUAGGAACCAUUGCCAUUUCACUUGUUUUUUCCAGUAAAAAUAUUGUUUUUAUUACAAAUUGUUUAAUUUUAAGGUGUAGUUAUUUUGGGAUAAACUAAUUACCAGAUGACAAAAAAGUUUAUCAAUAGAUUUCCCCCCUACCGACUUUUCAAUAUUUUAGCGGUUUUACAAGUAGUAACUUUUGUUAAAUAGAAAAAGUAACAGUUUCAGAUAUUGUCUUACCUCAAUUGUUAGUCAAUUAAUUCCUGUGUAAUAAAAGAUUCAUUUAUUAGGGAUUAAAAUUAUAUAUCACAUAAUUUUCACAACUUAUAAAUCAGUUCCCUACAGUAAAAUUGUGUACAGUAAUAUUGAUAGUUAAUAUUCAUCUAUUAAAAGUGUUGUCAUUUGCAAACCAGUAAAAUUUUAUACUUCAACAGUGAUAUCAUUUAAAUACAUCGUCAUUUAUAAUCUCGUGAAUUCCUGGUCACUAAAAGUGUUGCCAUUUAUUAGUCAUUUACAAAGCGAUGAGAUUUCAUACUUUAAUAGUGUUGUCAUAUAAAUACUUCGUCAUUUACCAGCUAGAGAAUUCCUGUUCAUUAGAAGUGUUGUCAUUUAUUAGGCAUUUAUAAAACGAUGAAAUUUCAUACUUAACAGUGUCGUCAUAUAAAUACUUCGUCAUUUAUAAUCUAGUGAAUCGCUGUUCACUAAAAGUGCUGUCAUUUAUUAGUCACUUAUAAACCAAUGAAAUUUCAUACUUCUACAGUGUCAUCAUAUAAGUAAUUCAAUACAUAUAAUCUAGUGAAUUCUUCUUUAUUAAAAGUAUUGUCAGUUAUUAAUGACUUAUAAAAGAAUGAAAUUUCAUAAUUCCACAGUGUCGUCAUAUAAGUACUUCAACACAUAUAAUCUAGUGAAUUCUUCUUCAUUUAUAAAAGGAUGAAAUUUUAUAGUCCUAUAGUGUCGCCCUAUAAGUACUUCGUUAUUUAUAAUGUAUUGAAUUCCUGUUUGCUAAAAGUGUCGUCACAAAUUAGUCAUUUAUAAGUCAGUGACAUUUCAUACAUUAAUAGUGUGAACAUUUCAAUACUUGGUCAUUUAUCGUUUAGUGAAAUUCUAUACAUCAAAAAUGUCGUAAUUUACUAGUGUAGAAAACAAAAAAAUGUACACAAGCAUACAAUCCAUUAGAGGUAUCCCGUAUACGUACAUGAAAUUUUCAACAAUAGUGAAAUAACUUAUAGAAGAGUCUAUAUUUUUAUGUUAGCAGUAACCAUUAAUUUUGCUACAACUGUUAGUGACUCUUGUUUUAAAAAGAAACUUUAAGAUGUGAUAAAUGUAGCAUUCAUACUAAAUCUUCUUAACUAGUUGUAUUUUUGCGUUGAAUGUAUCGUUGAAACUUGUAAAAAUGUACAUUUUUACACGCUUGGAAAUUACUUCAUUGAUCUUGUACACAUCAGAAAUGAGACCUCUAUUUGCAAAACAACCAAUCUCUACCCUUGCAAAAUUGCCGUAAAUCGUAAUUUUUUACCGUGAAUAUAUUUGUGAAACCUGGAGCCACAAAAUUCGUUAUUCAUAAACUUUGAUCGCUCAAAAUUAGUUUUUCGUCGCUGGUUCCUUGGCUGUUAUUAAAAUACUCUUAUAAUUAAAGAAAAAUAUUAUUUUUAUGUUAUUUUGUAGUAAAAACAGAAAUGUUUAAUAACAGUACUUAAUACAUUAAAAUUAUUAAUACUACCAAAAUUCUAUACUUUUAAGACUUCUUCGUCGUUGUCCAUUAUAGAGUCGUUAAGCCAGUUUAGAAUCAUUUUGCCAUUAUUCGCCGUAGUGACUUUCCAGUAGCUUCCUUACGUCCUUCAAUUUCUCGUUGCUGAUGUUGGCCAAGUUCCCGGCUCAUAUUUCAUUUGGAUUGAUGUUAAUGGUCGAUCUUCCUUUUUUUAAUACUUCUUAACAAACCGAUGCUUGAGUUGUAGCUUUCGUCCCCUUUAACCAAUACGACGUUAACUUGCAAAUUAAGGUGUUGGAAUAACUUGCAUGUUUUUAGGUUUUUUCUCGAUCGUCCCAACACCUUGUCCGACGACAAGAAUGAAUGCCUUAGAACGGGAUACACUGUUUCAAUACAUUUUAUGUUUUUUUGGAGCUUGUAUCAGCCGGCCAGUAUCCAUAUUGCAGAAGAUCGAGAAGCCUUCGCAAUGGUGAUCGCUAACGUCGGAUAGUUCUGAUAUGGCACGCGAAGAAGAAAAUCAGCCAGCGACUUGCCUUGGAUAAAAUUAUUUCUUGUCUCCACAUCCCUCAUACGUUAAUCGUACGACACUGAUAUCUUUUAAAUCAGUAUUAGAUCGCCUGUGAUACUUUGCCAGUUCUGUACAUAUAGCUGUCUGCUAUAGUACGCUGCUUCAUCCAGGACUUUAGACAGCAGAAGGUUUUUUUGCAAGUCUAAGGAUAAAGUCAAUAAUUCAGGCUUAGAUUCCUUUAAUAAUGCAAAAGAGGCUUUCGAUCUAAUCUUGUGAAUUCUUUUAGCGACAUGAAAGACAUGUCAAAAAAUUCAAAAAUAUCCUUUUUUACCUCCGUCUCUGGUUUGGCUUGAGCAUUGUAAAUUUUCCAAAGUUUAUUAAUACUCAGAUCACCUGAUGCAUACUUGCGCUUACUUCCACCUCUACAGUAAUGAGACUCCACGCAUUUUAUACUUUUAAUAAAUUCGACCACGCUCCUCAGUUUCUCUUGAUGCCUUCGUUUGUUUGCUCCCCUUUUCUCACAUGGAAGAUUACUUUCCCCACUAAAAUUGUUAUAGUUCGGAGUCGGCCUCUUGUGAUCCUGAAGGCAUUAGUGAAAGUCUUUUGACAAAUGUGUAACUUGCCAUCUGGACCUUUUAUGAAAGACUUGCAUGUAGUCGUCUUAUUACGAUUGACUCCAGUUUUUGGACGACGUCUGCGAUCAGGGUUCAGCUCUAGAAAUUGCAAUAUAGGUGUCUUGUUUAACUUUCUCCUCAUUUUUAUGAAAAGCUUUAUAAAACGCCAUCAUAUCCGCAAUAUUGAGUUUUGUGCACUGGUAGGCUCUCCCGACGUGCUUGCAUGUUGGCAUUUUAGGGCCUUCGUUUCCCCAUAUCUACAAAUAAAUUAAAUUCACAUUCUAUUUUAGAUAUCUACUAAUUAUAUGUAAAUCAUUUUUUAAGUAUAAAAAACAAUGAAAAUUAUACAUAUUCCCUGCAUUUUAACAAAACUGCCAAGCAUAAAAAUAUACUAACCUCAGCAGUUUUCUCACAUUUCUCGACCAUUUCUCUGGCGUGCGACUCUAUUUCUAUACUUAGUAGGCGUUAAUGCGUCUGGUGUUUUCUCCAUUUAUUACUAAAUUGCAAAAACUUUAGAGAAUAAUUUUUUUUCUCUCAACUAAAACUUUUCUCAGCUUUAACACUAGGAUGACCGCCAUCUUAAAAAUCACCGACCACGUGAUACAAUGUAUCGCUCUGAUUGGUGCAGAUGGAUAUUCUUUGUUUUGAAACCACCUACGAGACCUUGGAGAAUGGUCAUUUUGAAACAACAACCAAUUUUAUCUAUGGGAGUUUGGUAGUUAUGUUACGAAAUUUAUGCAUAGCUGGAUGCGUCUUUUUAUAAGGAAUCCAGUGCCGUAUUUAUGUCAAAUUGUCCAAAAAGUGGAGAUUGGUUGUUUUGCAAGUAGAGGCCUCAAAUGAUAUCGCUGAAAAGUUUUGCUGGAAAAUAUUCAGUUGUUCUUGAGACACUUUUAACGUAUAUUCCAAAGCUUAUUCUAGCUGUUCAUUCUAAAUCAACCCAAAAAGGCUACAGUAUCACCAUGGAAGUUCCCCCUAUCACCUCUUUUUGUAAAUUUUUUAGGAAUUUUUUCCGAAAAUUAAGGUGUUUUCUUCCAUAGGUAGUUAGUAAAUGUUAUUUGGAAAAUAUUUGUGAUAUAUUUCGCAGCCUUGAAUAUUUAUAAAACAAGUAUGCAACUUAUAUAAAGAGUUUAAAGUGAACUGUUCUGGAAAAACGAUAAAAAAUCAAAUCAAUUGGAAUAAUACCUUGGAAUACCUUUAUUUGUUUUUAUAUCUCUGUUAUACUUUUUCUUUUUUGCUUUAUACGUU